AUGAACUCUUUUGAAGUUAACCCCUCGCUUGCAUGUGGUGAUUCAUUGGCAUCUGAAUUAGCCGAAAUGUUUGCUCAUUUUAGAAGAUAUAAACAACCAUUCCCUGGUAAAAGAGAUGAAGUAAAAGGUGAAUUAUGCGCAACAUACCCACCAGAUUUAAUUUUUAUUGAACACGAGUUAGAGACAGGAUGUAAAGUAUGUAAAGAAAAGAAUAAACACGUUCAUCCAGAACUCUCUCGUAAUUUAGAAAAAUUAUUGGAUCAAUCUAGAUUUGCACGUGUAAGAACAAGAUUCCCAUUUCCAGUUAUAUUUUAUCAUCAUAAAAAUCUUUGUAGAUCCUCAACACUCUCUCAAAAGAUUGAAUAUAUGUUUCAAUCUGGUGUUAAUUCAAUGAAAAAACAAUUUUCUUCUGUUCCAUCUCCAACAACUUCUUCUUUAUCACAAUCUAUAAUGUUUAGUAAUAAUAAUAAUAAUCAAAAUAAUAAUAAUAAUCAAAAUAAUAAUAAUAAUCAAAUUAAUAAUAAUAAUAAUAAUCAAAAUAAUAAUAAUAAUAAUAAUCAAAAUAAUCCAAUUACUAAUAGUAUGAUUGAAGAUUCAAUUGAUAUUGAUAGAUUAAAUAAAAAUGAUAGUACAAUGACUUCUUCAGUUAUUAAUCAACAUUAUCAACAUCAUGAUUCACAUGUUGAAGGCCAACAUGAUCAACAACAAGCACAACAACAGUCAACUCAAAUACGACAACAACAGGCACAACAACAAUUAGAUAUGGAACAUCUUAGAAAUAAUGAUAUUCUAGUUAUUAAACAUUUAAAUAUUAGAUACAUUUGUGAUUUAAUGGUUGAAAAUAAAAAGAAAAAGUUUGGUUUCUUUGUUUGUUCAUCAGAAAAAGUUGAUAUGCAUCGAAGAUAUCAAGAUUUUGUAAUUUCUUCUACUCCUUAUCCUGGUGUAGAAUUUUUUGCAGAUUUUAAUAGAAAUCAACAUUGUGGAAAAGAUUUAUUUUAUUCUUGGGAUGGUAUUGAAGAUCCAGCAGAAUUAAAUUUACAUCCAGAUCAUCAAUUACCAAUGAUACCAUGGGAAUCUUAUAAAACUUGGGAUUUAAUAAAUUUAACACAAAAUUAUUUCAAGUUAUUAUUAAAAUAUGUAUCUGAUGAUAAUAACCCAUCUGGUUUAUUAGUUCAUUGUAUAUCUGGAUGGGAUAGAACACCAUUGUUUAUUUCAUUACUUAGAAUCAGUCUUUGGGCUGAUGGUGAGGUUCAUCAAUCUUUAAAGGAUUGGGAAAUGCUCUUUUUAACGGUUGCCUACGAUUGGUUCUUAUUCUCUCAUCAACUUUGUGAUAGAGCUGGUAAAGGUGAAGAUAUAUUUUAUUUCUGUUUUUAUUUCUUGGAUUUCAUCUCUUCAAUGGAUUUUUCAAUUCAUACUUUUAAUAAAUUAAAUCAACAACAACAACAAGAUAAACAACAAGAUAAACAACAAGAAAAACAACAAACUACAAAUAAUAGUGGUAUGGGAUUACUAAAACAACAGUUACAACAAGCACAAUCACAACAAUCUGUAAAUAAUAAAGGUAAUACUCCAACUGGUAAUCGUAAAAAUUCAAAUUCUCAACAACCAUUAGAGAUUGUAAAUAAUUAUGUAGAUAGAAAAAAUAUUGUAGACAAUAAUAAUAAUAAUAAUAAUAAUGUAAAAAAUAUAAACAAAUCAAACAAAUCAAAUAGUAAUAAUAAUAGUAAUAUUGGUGGACACAAAAACUCUUCACCAAGUAGUUGGAAUACAAAAGGUAUUGAUAUUUCUCAAUCUGCACCAGUAACUCCUCAAAAUAAUUCUCCAAAAUUAUUUAUUGGUAUGAAUAAAGUUGGUAAUAAUAAUAAUAAUAAUAAUUUUAAUAAUAAUAAUAACACUAACAAUAAUAGUACCAAUAAUAGUACCAAUAAUAAUAAUACAUCAGCUCCGCCAACACCAAUUUCUCACUCACCAAUGAAUAGUAAUAAUAAUAUAGCUGGUAGUUUUGGAUCAUCAUCUAUUAUGAUUAAACAAUCACAUCAUGGACAUCAUGGUCAUCAUGGUCAUCACCAAUUACAUACAUCACCAGCAACUUCAGGUACGAGUAUACCAAUGGAUGUACCAAAUGGACCAAAGAGAAGAAGAGGAUCAGAUGAUGAUAUUCAAGUUGAACCAGAAAUUGGUGGUAGUUGGCAAUUGAUGGGUUCAUUCACUGAAAAAAGAAUUAUUGGUUCAUUGAAUAGUGGUGGUGGUUCAACUCCAAAGAAUUAUCAUCCAUCUAGUAGUUUCACUGGUAGUGAACAAAGUGAAGAGACUGAAGAGGAUAAAUCUCAUAAAUUGGUUUCAGAUGAUGAAGAUAAUGAUAGUGAUUGCUUAGCUCAAAGUUGGGAUAAUGCUUUCUCUUUUGAAAAUAAAUAUUUUGAUACUUUAAAAAAUCAAAUUAAUACCAAAAAUCAACCAAAUAAUAAAGUAAAUCAAAUUAAUAAUCUUAAUAAAGUUGGUCAAAAUCAAAAUCAAAAUCAAAAUCAAAAUCAAAAUCAAAAUCAAAAUCAAAAUAAUAAUAAUAAUGAAAAAUCAAAAUCAACAUCAAAUAUAAAUGAACAACAUAGUCAUCAUAGUCAAUCAUUAAGUUUCAAAGAGAUUGAAGAAAGAAGAAAACAAAGACUUACUCAAAUUAGAACACUAUUUAUACAUUUUUAUCAAAAUCAUUGUUCAACCCAUCCAGAAAGUUACUGGAAAACAAUAAUGAAUUAUUUCCCAAAAUUUGGUUAA